GAGACACCAUGCGCGCAGCUCCGCGGACCUCACAUGUCCCGGAUCGGUCUGUCCAGGGACACCAGGUUCGGGGAUCCACAGCAGCACCUCCCACACGGCCGGACAGGAGCGCGAGCGCUCCGACUUCACACCGAUUGUAACUGUUUCGGGAGUGUGUGGACACGUUUCUGUACCAGAUUCCUUCACCGGGGGGAAGGAAAGAAAGGAAGUUCCCGGAAUCGCACCCUCUCCAGUGCACCCGGGGCAAGGCAAGAAGAUGGCCCGGAGCGGGGACCGAAAACGCACCUGCUUCUUGUCCUGCUUGCUGGUGUCUGCUUUGCCUCUGCUGGGGGCCGAGUACUCCAGCUGCGGAGAAAACAAGUUCUACAAUCAGACCACUGGUACCUGCCAAGCCUGUCCUCAAUGCCAGCCGGGCCAAGAGCCCUAUAUGAACUGUGGCUACGGCAUCAAAGACGGGGACUACGACUGCGUACCCUGUCCGCCCGGGAAGUUCUCCAAGGGCAAGUACGAAAUCUGCCGCCGACACAAGGACUGCGACGCCCUGUACCGCGCCACCGUCCUGACGCCUGGGACUGCCGAGAGUGACGCCGAGUGUGGACCCUGCCUCCCGGGGUACUACAUUCUGGAGAACCGACCACGGAACAUCUAUGGGAUGGUGUGCCACUCGUGUCAGAAUGCUCCAAAGAGCAUCAAAGAGUGUGCACGCAGCUCAGCCGCAUCAUCAGGGCGAGCCUCCAGCAUCUCCUCGACCAGCACCACCAUCUUCCCCCACCUACACAAAGAUCUGAGCGGACAGGGCCACCUGGCGACGGCUCUCAUCAUCGCCAUGUCCACCAUCUUCAUCAUGGCUAUUGCCAUAGUGCUCAUCAUCAUGUUCUACAUUUUGAAAGCCAAGACUAGUGGCCAGGCUUGCUGCACAGGUCAGGUGGUGAAGACCGUGGAAGCACAGGCAAACAAACCGGAAGAAAAGAAAGAAGUACAAGAAAAUGUCGUGAUCUUCACGGAAACGAAUGAGUUUGACAAGCUGAAACCCACUCCGCCAAAGAAAAGCGAGAACGACGCCUCCUCCGAGAACGAGCAGCUGCUGAGCCGCAGCAUCGACAGCGACGAGGAGGCGGCGCUGGAGCGCCAAGGGCCAGCGGACCUGUGCCUCCUCUCCCUGGUCCACCUCACCCGGGACAAAAACGGUUCCUCCAUCAACAGCAACACCAGCAGUAACGGCAACGGCAGCAAGACCACCGGGAUCCAGAGUCGACGGAGGAAAAUCCUGGAGCUCUACGCGAAGGCGUGCAGUGAUGCAGAGGGCCUGAGUCCCACAGAGCUGCCCUUCGACUGCCUGGAGAAGACCAGCCGGAUGCUGAGCUCCACAUACAGCACGGACAAGGCGGUGGUCAAGACGUGGCGCCACCUGGCGGAGAGCUUUGGCCUGAAGCGGGAUGAGAUCGGUGGCAUGACGGACGGCAUGCAGCUGUUUGACCGCAUCAGCACAGCGGGCUACAGCAUCCCUGACCUGCUCACCCGCCUGGUUCAGAUCGAGCGCCUGGAUGCAGUGGAGUCACUGUGUGUUGACAUCCUGGGGAAGAUGGAAGGGCCUCCGCCAACUGGUCACGCCGUCUCCUUUCGUUGUGCCAGUGUCUAAGCCCCGCCCAAACCCCACCCCAUGGCUCCGUUCCACAUGAAGAAUAACUAUAGACCUCUACGUAGAGGCCCCACGAUGCUCAGUCCUUCU